CUUGUGUCAGCUGAACUAUAAAGACUAGAAUGGACAAUUUAUGGUAUGAUUGAUAAUGAUCGAUACGAUAUCCAUGAAUUACAUGGCAAUCAUCAUGCAGCGUCUUUCCUUAAAACGUGCAAUGGCCUGGAACAGAGCUUUAAUAAAUGUUUGGCAGAGGUCAGGUGGGUUUAGCAGAUAGAUUCUCUGCAGAAAAGUAAUACUGCAUCUGGCGGUGACCAUCUCCAAUUAAGUUGUGGACCAUGCAUGCAGGAACCAUAAUCAGCUGGUUUUGUACUUUUUGUCACCAGUCAUAGAUUCUGCUCUGAUUGUGGGGGCGUUCUGCCCACGCUGAUUUUGUAUUCCAACAUUGAAAAUCAUUAUUACAUUCAGUUCAGUGGCUGAUAGAUCUUUAAUUAUAGCUGUGUGUCAAAUAGGUGCUAGUAUACUGUGACUGUGUGUGUGGAUCGUGAUGGUUACCAGAGGAUACUUGUUACGUGUUGCACUACUCGCAGUUCUACUGAUGGUCACAUCAACAACUCAGGUAAGUGGUGAAUUUAUUCUCACUGUCAACUUGGUCGACUAUACCAACCCAACCGGACUGUGUGCUGAAUGUCAUCAUGCACUGACAAUACCAGUGUGCUGUGAUGAACUACCAUUCAACUCAGGCAACUGUGACAACACAGGAGAUGAGAGAUGUGACACUAGGUUCCGUUGGACCCUCAGACCAUUCGGUGCUACACUAGAGACAAGACCCAGCAUGGGGUACUUCUUCACAAACUGUCCAAUGUCCUCCAGCACUUGCCCAUUCAGUGAAAUGAGUACAGCAUUCGGUCAAGGUCCAACAGCACUACUGGGGGUAGCACCCAAUCCUCUACCUGUUUCAAGAACAGAUUUUACUAUGUGGACGGGACAAAUACAGUUCUUUAUAGAAGCCGUGGACAGCGGACUUCCAAACAUAAUAGACAGUCUGUUGAUUGACCUGGACAACCUCCAACUUGGAGCAGGCUUCACAGAGGAGAUGACAUUCACUGGAUACCACAACAUAUCUCACAUUACCAUGAGUUUCAGAGUUGAGUGCUCUCCUGGUUUCUGUGGACCUGACUGUACCACCACACCUAAGAACAAUCCACGAGUGGUGACAUGUCAAGCUGAUGGCAUUCUAACGUGUACUGAUAACCGAUUAGACUCUUCAUCACUAGAACCCUGCAACAACUGCCUCUACAACCUAGAUAUUACUACAGACUGUUCUACAUGUUUGGAUGACAACUAUGACCCAACCACUAACUGCAAAUUAUGUUUGUUGGAAUUCUACGAUCUACAGACAAACUGUAUACAGUGCCUACCCAACAGAGAUCCCUCUACAAACUGUACCCAGUGCCUACCAGGCUGGGAAAUCACCUUGGACUGUACUAGUUGCCUACUCAACAGAGAUCCCUCUACCAGCUGCACCCAGUGUCUACCAGGCUGGGACACCACCAAGGCCUGUACUAGUUGCCUACCCAACAGAGAUCCCUCUACCGACUGUACCCAGUGCCUACCCAACAGAGAUCUCUCUACUGACUGUACCCAGUGCCUACCAGGCUGGGAAAUCACCUUGGACUGUACUAGUUGCCUACUCAACAGAGAUCCCUCUACCAGCUGCACCCAGUGUCUACCAGGCUGGGACACCACCAAGGCCUGUACUAGUUGCCUACCCAACAGAGAUCCCUCUACCGACUGUACCCAGUGCCUACCCAACAGAGAUCUCUCUACUGACUGUACCCAGUGCCUACCAGGCUGGGAAAUCACCUCGGGCUGCACUAGUUGCCUACUCAACAGAGAUCCCUCUACCAGCUGCACCCAGUGUCUACCAGGCUGGGACACCACCAAGGCCUGUACUAGUUGCCUACCCAACAGAGAUCCCUCUACCGACUGUACCCAGUGCCUACCCAACAGAGAUCUCUCUACUGACUGUACCCAGUGCCUACCAGGCUGGGAAAUCACCUCGGGCUGCACUAGUUGCCUACUCAACAGAGAUCCCUCUACCGACUGUACCCAGUGCCUACCCAACAGAGAUCUCUCUACCGACUGUACCGAGUGCCUACCAGGCUGGGAAAGCACCUCGGACUGUACUAGUUGCCUACCCAACAGAGAUCUCUCUACCGACUGUACCCAGUGCCUGCCAGGCUGGGAAAUCACCUUGGACUGUACUAGUUGCCUACUCAACAGAGAUCCCUUUGCUGACUGUACCCAGUGCCUAUCCAACAGAGAUCUCUCUACCGACUGUACCCAGUGCCUACCAGGCUGGGAAAUCACCUCGGACUGUACUAGUUGCCUACUCAACAGAGAUCCCUCUACCGACUGCACCCAGUGUCUACCAGGCUGGGACAUCACCUCGGACUGUACUAGUUGCCUACCCAACAGAGAUCCCUCUACCGACUGUACCCAGUGUCUACCCAACAGAGAUUCCCUGACUAACUGUACCCUGUGCCUAUUCAACAGAGAUCUCUCUACCAACUGCACCCAGUGUCUACCCAACAGAGAUCCCGCUACCAACUGCACCCUGUGUCUACCAGGCUGGGACACCACCACGAACUGUACUAGUUGCCUACCCAACAGAGAUCCCUCUACCAACUGCACCCAGUGCCUACCCAACAGAGAUCCCUCUGCCAACUGUACCCAGUGCCUACCCAACAGAGACCUAGUCACAAAUUGCACCCAGUGUCUACCAGGCUGGGACAUCACCUCGGACUGUAUUAGUUGCCUACCCAACAGAGAUCCCUCUACCAACUGCACCCAGUGCCUACCAGGCUGGGACAUCACCUCGGACUGUAUUAGUUGCCUACCCAGCAGAGAUCCCCUGGCUAACUGUACCCAGUGCCUACCCAACAGAGACCUAGUCACAAACUGCGCUCAAUGUCUACCAGGCUGGGACAUCGCCUCGGACUGUAUUAGUUGCCUACCCAGCAGAGAUCCCCUGGCUAACUGUACCCAGUGCCUACCCAACAGAGAUUCCUCUACCAACUGUACCCAGUGCCUACCCAACAGAGACCUAGUCACAAACUGCACCCAGUGUUUACCAGGCUGGGACAUCACCUCGGACUGUAUUAGUUGCCUACACAACAGAGAUCCCUCUACCAACUGCACCCAGUGUUUACCAGGCUGGGAUAUCACCUUGGACUGUACUAGUUGCCUACCCAACAGAGACCCAGUCACCAACUGCUCCCUCUGCCUACAACCAGACAGCUUCACUGAUACAGACUGCGGUGUGUGUGCUCUACCAGGAGGGGACCCAGCAACACUCUGUCAAACAUGUUUAGCCACUAACUUUGACCCUAAUACAAAUUGCUCUGAGUGCAUAGGCAAUCGUGAUCUCAGCUCCAGCUGCUCUACUUGUCUGCCUGGAUAUAAUAGUAACCAUGACUGUGCAGUAUGUCUUUCUGAACCCAACAUAUCCACAAGAUGUACCACCUGUCUGGCUGGAUUCACUGAAAGUAACUGUGAACCUGUUACACCAACAGCCUCUUCUGUGGGUGGUAUAGCUGGUGGAGUGGGUGGAGCUCUCUUCCUGGUGAUCAUCGUCUUGGUAAUCAUUGUGUGUGUGCUUGUGUGUAAAGUUCGGAGAAGAGGUCACGUAAGGUUUGUUUCAGAUGAAGGAGCAGCUUAUACUGCUUAUGAUGAUGCUGGAACUAGAAAUGGAUCCUCAGCAGAACAGAAGUUUCGGAAUCUGAAAUAUGACCCUGGAUUGGAAAUGAAUUCUAUGACUGGAAAAGGGUCAUCAGAUGAUUGUGCGUUUACUAAUUUACCGUACGAGACCUCGAACUUGCACACAGAAAAUAAAUACUCUCAAUUAUGUUACCCUAGUUUCAGAUCGCCCUCAAAAACAGGCACUAACAAUCUCACGUCUACUCUCGAGAGACCAAUAUACGACACAGCCAGCUAUCCUGAUGACAGCCAGCCAAGUGAAGGCCCACAUGUUUACGACACAGCUGAUCAUACUCAUCGACCACCUCCUACCAACCCACAGGAUGAAGACUAUUCUAAAUUGCAUCAACCUCCGGUAGCUAACGUAACACCUCAACCAACUUCUCUGGCUGACUAUGACACAGCCACAUUUAUUGAGCAGCCGGUUUAUGACAAAGUAUUCCCUGCUCCGGGUGAUUCAAUUUCUAAGAAGGGGACCAGGCAUCCAUUAAAGUCUGCUGGAGCUUAUGAAGAGAUUGAAGAUGAGGAUUUCUGUGGGAGAGACGAGUACGAUACAACUUACCCCCCUCCUGCAGUUAUACCUAGUGUUAAUGCAUACUCGAAAGUGGGUAAGCAUGAAGCUGAGCUUCCUGCAUACGAUGUAGCAAAUAAUCAUCACUCGAAACAGGUACAGCCUAAAGCUCCACCUCCUAAUGGAAGCAUGUACGAUACAACUUACCCCCCUCCUGCAGUUAUACCUAGUGUUAAUGCAUACUCGAAAGUGGGUAAGCAUGAAGCUGAGCUUCCUGCAUACGAUGUAGCAAAUAAUCAUCACCCGAAACAGGUACAGCCUAAAGCUCCACCUCCUAACGGAAGCAUGUACGAUACUGCCAAUCAUCCCCAUCCUCCGGUUAUACCUAGUGUUAAUGCAUACUCGAAAGUGGGUAAGCAUGAUGCUGAGCUUCCUGCAUACGAUGUAGCAAAUAAUCAUCAUUCGAAACAGGUACAGCCUAAAGCUCCACCUCCUAACGGAAGUUUGUACGAUACUGCCAAUUAUCCCCAAGAGCAAGUAACUCAACCUGAACAUGAUUGCACAAAAACUAGCAACUUCCUUCCUACUUCGAUAAAAAAGGAAACGUCUCAACGCACUUAUGAUUAUGUAGACGCGAACGAAUUCCUUUCUGCUUCCUCCUCUGUCAAACAUUCGUAUGACUACGUGGACAAUCCUAUAGAUAGUACGAAUGCAUUGCCCCCUGCAUUGGCCCCCCUGGCUAGCUCUGUGUACACGAACACAACACCUGGCAAGAUAACAGUUGAGGCCGAGUCUCAUUAUGACCUAGGGCAGUGAGUGCAUGGACACCUUUGCUUGUAUAUUAAAAGUGUGUGUUGUGUGUUAUGACUAUUAGAUUUGUAUUUAUGACUCUGUAGCCAUUGGUCAAAAGUUUUGCACCUUCACUUGCUUUGGUUCACUUGAAUUGUUAAGUUUCAAUCGUAAUUACUCAUCCCUUUAAACACCUUUUAUAAUUACCGUACUACACAUUAUGUUGUACUGCAGUUUUGUACUGACCAUGAAUGAAUUAUCACAAAGACUUUGCCGGAUUGAAGGGACGCACACACGUGUUUUGUAUGUCCGCUAUCCGUGUAGCAGUGUGGCUUCUGUAUAGUUAUUGUGCAAACUGGAGCAUCUACGUUUACAGUGGUGGCAGGUGCGAUUGUGUGGCUUCCUGGUGAAACAGCUUGGCUAUUUUUCUUUGGUAGCUUUAUGAAUAAUAAUUGCUUCAACAAGCUUUUUUGUUUGUUCUGUUUGUUCAUAGUCUCGCAAAUCACGAUACGGUAACUGCCAUCCGGACCAUUGCCUCGAUCUU